CUUUUGGCAGGAGAGUCGGAGCAGAGCAUCUAUUAGCGCAAUUGUCUCUAGAAAUCCCUGUCGAAGCUCAAGCUGACAUGGGUCGCAAGGAAGCCAGCAAUGACUGGAAGAAGAGCACUGACAACAUCCAGGAAGUGUUUGACUUCAUUGAAGUGCUGGGAUCGGGAGCAUUCUCAGAGGUGUUCCUGGUGAAGGAGAGGAAGACUGGGAAACACUUUGCUCUGAAGUGUGUGAAGAAGAGUCAAAAGCGGGACAACAACCUGGAGAAUGAGAUUGCUGUACUGAGGAGGAUCAAGCAUGAGAAUGUUGUGGGGCUCGAGGACUUCUACGAGAGUCGGAGCCACUACUACCUGGUCAUGGAACUGGUUUCAGGGGGCGAGCUGUUUGACCGCAUUCUGGACCGUGGGGUGUACACAGAGAAGGAUGCCAGCCUGGUGAUCCGGCAGGUGCUGCAUGCUGUCAGCUACCUGCACAAGAAUGGCAUUGUGCAUCGUGACCUCAAGCCGGAGAACCUCCUGUACUACAGCCAGGAUGAGAAUUCCAAGAUCAUGAUAAGUGAUUUUGGCCUCUCCAAGAUGGAGGACAACGGCAUCAUGUCCACAGCGUGUGGGACUCCAGGAUAUGUGGCUCCUGAAGUCCUGGCUCAGAAACCCUACAGCAAAGCAGUGGACUGCUGGUCUAUUGGAGUCAUCACCUAUAUCCUGCUCUGUGGAUACCCUCCCUUCUAUGAGGAAACUGAGACUCGCCUCUUCUCUAAGAUCAUGAAGGCACAGUAUGAGUUUGACUCACCCUUCUGGGAUGACAUCUCUGAAUCUGCAAAGGACUUCAUCCGUAACAUGAUGCAGAAGAACCCCAAAAUGCGUUUCACCACGGAGCAGGCUCUUAGGCAUCCCUGGAUCAUGGGAGAGACAGCACGCAGCCAGGAUAUUUAUCACUCUGUCAGUGUUCAGAUUCAAAAGAACUUCGCAAAGUCCAAGUGGAAACAAGCCUUCAAUGCUGCAGUGGCCAUUAACCACAUGAAGAAGCUGCAGCUGGCCCACUGCGAGACCCUCGCGAAGCAGGUCCAGGGGCCUGUGCCCGACAUCCAGGUCGUUGACCUGACCUCCCCUGGCCCCUCACAGAAGGACCUGAAUCCAGAAAACCUAGAACCCAAUGGUAACAUAACGGAGGGUCACAUGGCCUUACCUCCGAGUCAGACUGAGAGCAAGAGCCACUACUAUCCCCUGCGGGCAAGUCACAGUGAGCCAACCCACGCCCUCACUCUGGCAGAGAAGGGCAAACACGCCUACCACUCCGAGCCGGCCAACCUCAACGGGGCAGCUAAACAGUAUGGGGCCAUGUACAAAGGCUGCAAUGGUAAUGUGCAACCCUUACAGACGGGGGUCUGCUCUGUCAUGUGAACUCCUGG